GGCAGAGGCAGAUGCACAAAUAGGCAGACCUCUUUUUUCCUUGUAGAGGCAGACCAAUAAAAAGAAAAAGAAGAAGGGGUCAUAUAAUUUGUGCCAGGUGCCAGCUGCCAGGCCAGGUGCCAUGCACACAAAGGAAAAUACAGAAAGAAGACGACAAACAAUCAUAAAAAUCACAACACACCAACACACAACACCAACAAAGUGAUUUUUGUAUUUGAAUAUUAUUUUUAUUGUAUUAAUUUGUAUUUUUAACAAAAUGACGAUUGUUUACGUAUAUAAAGAAGAUGAUCCAUCCAGAGAAUUGUUACAACUGAAUGAGGGAUUGCACUAUAUUGGAAGAGAAACACCAAUUGAGUGUAACGAUAAAAGAAUAUCCAGACGACAUGCAAUCAUUGUUAUUCACCGAAAUGGAGUAAUCCUUCAAUCUGCUAAUGUAAAUCCUACCUAUUUUAAAUCACCUGUAGGAGUUACUGUGCAAAUGUUGCACAAAGAUGAGACAUUAUCUCUAAACACUGGUGAUAGAUUGGCCCUAGUAGAAGAUGGUGUCUGGUUUAAGAUAAAAAUUAUUCUUGAAAAGAAUCUUGAUGGAGGUAUUAUGGUUGAUAGAUUAUACAGUGCAAUUCUCAAUAAAAGAUCCAACGAUGAAGAUAAUAAUAUGCAGGUUUCAAAGAAGAUCAAACUUGAACCAGAAGAUGUUUGCAAUUAUUGCGGUAAUUCAUCAUGUGAACAUGAUAAAAGGACCAAUGAAGAGUCAAAUUCAGACAAAUUAGAGGGAAAUAUUCCAGUGAGAAGUCAUGUGUGUCAGCCAGAUUCAUUCAGAAGUCAUAUACCAACAACAACAGAUAACAUUAUUAACACUUUAUUUUAUGAUACUCCAUUAGAAAUUGAAGAAGAACCUUCUAAUAACCAAAACAAUAUACCUUCUUCUUCUAUAAACGAUUCCAAUCAAACAAGUGUACCACGUGUGAUCAAAAACAAAGAUAUAUAUGAGAUAUCAACAACAGCAGAUAACAUUCUUAACACUUUAUUUAAUGAUACAUUAGAAAUUGAAGAAGAACCUUCUAAUUACCAUAACAAUGUGCCUUCCACUGCUACAAACGAUUCCAAUCAACCAAGUGUACCAUGUGUGAUCAACCAUAAAGAUAUAAAUGACGUACCGUCAGAAGGUGCAGCAAAUUAUUCAGACCAGUCUGAUGCUAUUGUUAAUUUAGGAUCAACUGAUCAAGCCAUUAAAGUAAAUAAAAGGAAAGAGGCAAAUAAUGCAGAUUCAACUACCAAACAAACUACUUUAAAUCAGUCUAGUGUAACAGAAACUAGUGUGUCAGUCAGAAGUCAUGUAUGUCAGCCAGAUUCAAUCAGAAAUCAUAUACCCACACCCACAACAGUAGAUAACAUUCUUGAAGAUUGUUCUAAUUACCUUAGUAGUGUACUUUCCUCUUCUAUAAGGGAUUCCAAUCAAAUAAGUGUACCACGUGUGAUCAACCAUAAAUAUAUAAAUGAGGUACCGUCAGAAGGUGCAGCAAAUUAUUCAGACCAGUCUGAUGCUAUUGUUAAUUUAGGAUCAACUGAUCAAGCCAUUAAAGUAAAUAAAAGGAAAGAGGCAAAUAAUGUAGAUUCAACUACCAAACAAACUACUUUAAAUCAGUCUAGUGUAACAAAAAAAAGGGUUUCAUUCAGAAGUCCUGUAUGUGAGCCAGAUUCAUUCAGAAAUCAUAUACCAACAACAGCAGAUAACAUUCUUAAUACUUCCAAUGUUACAACAUUAGAAAUUAAAGAAGAACCACCAGAGGAACCGUCUGAAGGUACAGCAGUUAAUUCAGAUCACUCUGAUGAGAUUGUCCAUUCAGGACUAAAUGAUCAAGCAGUUAAUGUAAAUAUUGCACAGAUUAUACGUGACGAAUUCACAUCAGACCCUGAAGAUAAUGAUUCUGAUACUACCGUAGAAAUGGAACAAGAACCACCAGCACCAUUACCCCUUAUGAUAAAACGUGAAGACAUUAAAGUGGAACAUCCAAUUCCAUUACCAAUUAUGAUAAAACUUGAAGAUAUUAAAGUGGAACAUCCAAUGCCAUUACCAAUUGAGAUAAAACAGGAAGAAAUUAAAGUGGAACCAGGAUCAAGUAACUCUACAAUUAGAAUAAAGACUGAAACGGACAUAAAAGAAGAACCGGAACCAAUUGAUACAGAUAAUGCAGAAACAAACUUAAAUGUACCUCAGGCAAUACCUGCGAAUAAUCCAGUACCAGUAUUGAAUGGAAGAAGAGAUAGAUGUUGGUAUGGCAGGCAGUGUUACAGGACCAACCCUCUACACAAACUAAACUUAAGUCACCCUGGCGAUCCUGACUACGAUGGUGAUAACGAUAAUGAUAAUGCUGAAGUAAAUCAACAACCAUGUCCAUAUGGUGUACAGUGUUAUCGAAGAAAUGUAUUGCAUAGACGUUUAUACAAGCAUUUUGGACCUCCAGCUGCAAGACCUCAACAACUUACGUUUUCGUUGCUGUAGUGUAACCCAAAGACAGAAAUAUUUGUUGGAUAUAUUAAUUAGUUUUUUAUUGGAUAUUAAAUUUUAUAAUUAUAUUUUGUGAUAAAUGUGA